AUGGCGUCAGGCGCACCAGUCCAGCAGAAGGUGCAAGAUGUGAUCAAGCAAUACCGUCCUGCUAGACAAUUCCCUGGAACCACGCGCUCGGAUGGCAUGGAGAGUCGGGUGACCUCCCUUGACUUCGAUGACAUGGGUGAAUUCCUAGUAGCCGCCUCCGACGACGAGACCAUGCACGUUUACGAUAUCAAAGAGGGGAAGCGGACAAAGACAAUACCCAGCAAGAAGUAUGGCAUUCACCUCGCUCGCUUUACCCAUCAUCCGCGAAACGUCCUUUUCGCAAGCACAAAACAAGACGAUUCGUUGCGGUUAUUAGAGUUGCACAAUGAGAGUUUUGUCCGCUACUUUUCUGCCCACUCUGCUCAAGUCACAUGCAUAUCACUGUCGCCUGGGAGCGACCAAUUUCUUUCAUGUGGCAACGACGAUAUGGUGUGUCUCUGGGAUCUGAAUUCGAGAAGCCCGCAAGGAAAAUUGAAACUUUCAACUCCCUAUCUUGCUGCCUACGAUCCAUCUGCCAAUGUCAUGGCUAUUGCCUCACAAUCGACAUCGUCCGUCCUUAUGUAUGACGUUCGAUAUUACGAUAAGGCACCCUUUGACACCUUCGACCUUGCCGCAUCCGAGAGUCAGUAUACACCUUCAACCAAAGGCAGAGCAUGGACAAAAUUGGAGUUUUCAAACGACGGGAAAUACAUGCUCAUUGGAACUGAUUACCACGGCCAUUUUGUACUUGAUGCAUUCAACGGAACACUCAAGUCUUUUCUCGUGGGCAAGACCAGCGGUACAGGGCGAGCGGCACCUGUUUCGACCUCAGGAAAACCCUUAGGCCAGGGAGACGCUUGCUUCAGUCAGGAUGGAAGAUUUGUGAUUGGAGGAACUGGUGACCAGCCCGAUCUUCUCGUCUGGGAUAUGCAGCUUGCAGCAGAUGGUGCACAACAAGAACCCUCCGCCAGACUGACAAGUCGAGGCAUCAAAAGUGCUGUGGUUCAGUGCAAUCCUCGCCACAACAUGAUAGCCACCGCCGACACCAAAGUCUGUAUGUGGCUGCCAGGUGAUCAGAUCAAAAACCCUGAUCUAUGA